AUGGCAGAAAAGUACAAUCAAGAAGUGCACCAAGCGUAUCCCCUUGCACCAUCGACGGUACCAAGAAGCGACGAAGAGUAUUCCGGGACGAACAAUUACCGAGCCCAAGAGGAAAUGAAGAAGAACAAGAGAAUGAAAUGCUUCGCUUACAUCGCAUGUUUUGCCGUUUUCCAAAUCAUAAUCAUCCUCAUCUUAGCCCUAACCGUUAUGCGCGUAAAAUCCCCCAAGCUCCGUUUGGGUGACAUCACCGUGACCAAAGAUCAUGUGAGCGGCAACGUUCGGUUGACCGCUCGUGUUUUGGUCAAGAACACUAAUUUCGGGCGGUACAAAUUCGACAGUGGAUUGGCUACUAUUAGGUCCGGGGCAAGUAACGUGGGCCAGUUCGUGAUUCCUGAAUCGCGGGCCCGGGCCAGAUCCACUAAAAAGAUGUAUGUGACCGUCGAUUUGAAUUCUUCGAAUAGUAGUAACAAUAGUAUGGGCGGUGUUUGGACUUUGAACGUCGAGUCCCAAUUGAGAGGCAAGGUGGAAUUACUGAAGGUGGUGAAGAAGACGAAAUCGGCUUAUAUGAAUUGCGUCGUUGUUAUUAACUUGCGCUCGAGUACUAUUCAGGAUUCGAGGUGCAAGUGA